CCAUGGCCCGCCCGAAGAAACCCAGCGCUGAAGACGCCGGCGAGCUCAUGGUAUCGGUCGAGUCCUACACGCGCACCCGUGAUUCUGUCAUCGUCUCGCUCAGCAACCUCCAGGCCGGUCUUGCCCACGUCCAGAGCGGGCUUAACGAGCUCCUGCGCGCCUACCUGGAGCACACCAACUCGGUCAUUGCCGGUGAGGAUGGCGUUCUCGACAAGCUCAACCUGGGCAAGGAGAUCGCUGCGACCGCCAAUGCCACCAUAGAGGCUGCUUCGUCGACGGCGAAUGGCAUCGUGCAGGCCAUCACUGCCGCCGACAAGGACAAGACCGACGCUGCUGCUGAGACGGGCAAGCCCGUCAAGGGCACCAAGCGCAAGCGCGAGAAGAAGGAGAAAGACCCCAACGCUCCCAAGAAGCCAUUGACCGCCGCAUUCUUGUAUGCGCAGACUGCGCGACCAAUCGUCAGGGGCGACCUCGAGGCUGCUCUGGGUCCUGACCAGAAGCUCGAGCCCAACGCCGUCAACCUCGAGGUCAACAAGCGCUGGAACGAGAUGUCCGAGGAGGACAAGGAGACCUGGAGACAGUCUUACCGCGGCUCCAUGGAGCAGUGGAAGGAGGAGAUGGCCACUUACACCGCUAGCAAGGGCGUUGCUGUUGCAGACCUCCACGACGAGGACGAAGACGACGCCGAAGUCGACGUUGAAGUUGAGGCUGCUGUUGAGUCUGACGAUUCCUCUGAAGACGAUGAGCCUGCACCAGCGAAAGCACCAUCUCCACCCGUCAAGACUCCUCGCGUCAACAAGCGCCAGAAGACUGUCCAGAAUGCCGCUGUCAACGGUGCUGCCGCGCCCAUUGUCGCGGCCGCCUCGCCUAUUCCUCUCCCUCGCUCCGCCCCUACAGUAGCUCCUCCCUCUGCCGUAACUGAAACUCCCGCUAAAAAGGAAAAGAAGAAGAAGGAGAAGGCUGCGCCUCAAGCUAUUGCUCCCGCCCCGGCUGCCACAGCAAAGGAGACCACGCCUGACGAGGGCAUCAAGAAGAAGCCCAAGAGCAGUCGCACCACACGCAACAACGAGCCCGAAGCUAGUGCCGAUAAGGAAAACACCGCUGCGCCAGAGAAGGAGAAGAAGAAGCGCGAGAGGAAGCGUAAGGAGAAUGCUGCUGCCUAAGCAUCGACUCCCUCUUGCACCUUAUUCUUACUCCUUCCAAGGCGUAUACCGAGAACGAGCGAUCGGUGACUGAAUGCCUCCAGGCUCUCUGCUGCCCCGCGGGCCUAGCAACACUGCGGAUAACGUUGAAGGUGCCGCAUCUCUCCCGCGGCGUGAGAGUCUACUUUCUGACGACUACAUCCUGGGUCCUUUGUGGGAGAACAUGUGAUGAUACGAGCUGGGACAGCUUUGCAGUACCGCGUUCCUGUACCUCUACUUGUACAUAGUUGCUGUGCUUGACCAAAAUUGAUCAAUUGAACAAAGCUAGUCUGAAC